CCGCCGCGCUCGGGCCCGGAGGGCGCCUUCUCGGGCUGCGUCGUCGUGCCCUGCGCUCGGCCGGCGAACGCGGACCCGGCUCUCGGCGCUUGACCGGUUAUUAGCAAGUGGAUUGUUUUGAAGAUAAAGUAUCCUGCGAAGAUACCAGAGGGACUCACUCUUGUCAUCUUGUCUGCGAAGAAAGUUUGUACAGGAAGUUGGCUCUCCUGCCGUGGAACCUUGAAACCCAGGAUGAUCCUGUCUAACGCCACAGGCAUGACCUCUCUUCUGGCUAAACUGUGGCAGGGAACAGUUCAGCAGGGCAGCAACAUGUCCGGCCCAGCCCACAGGUCCCCUGGAAAUGGGGACAGCAAGCUGGAGGCACUCUACAUCCUCAUGGUGCUCGGCUUCUUCGGCUUCUUCACCCUGGGCAUCAUGCUGAGUUACAUCCGCUCCAAGAAGCUGGAGCACUCCCACGACCCGUUCAACGUGUAUAUCGAGUCCGACUCCUGGCAGGAGAAGGACAAGGUGCGCCUCCAGGCCCGGGUUCUGGAGAGCUACAGAGCGUGUCAUGUCAUUGAGAACCAGCUGGCCGUGGAACGACCCAACUCACACCUUCCCGAGAUGAAGCCUUCAUCAUGACCCCCAGCUGGUUAAAAUCGGACAAAUGCUACUUUUCUCAUCAUACACCUCUUAUAUUCCUUAUUGUAUGAAUGUGAUUGGAGUUUUUUGCUAUUGUAAGGGGUGAGGGAUGCUCUGUUUCUCUCAAAUCAUGUUCCUUCCAUAAUAGACAGUCAGCUGUUGCCCAGGAACUGUCCCCGCCUUGUUAAUUUUUAGCAGAAUCCCUGAGAUCAUGGCCUCUGAGAAUAAGAGCUGUACUUCCCAGACUUUCUUGCAGCUGGCAAGGUCAUGUGAUGAAGCUCUGGCCAGUAAACUUGGGAGUGAUGAGUGUGAUCUCUGACAGAUCCUUGGAAAGGGAAGGCUGUGUCCUCCACUUCCCUUUGCCCCCUUCCCAGUGUCUGAGCACAAACCGUGGGGAAUUACCGCGCACUCACAGAUGGCAGAGCAGCAACGGCCUGGGCCCCUGGGCAACUGCAGGAGGGUCUCCCUGCCUUCCUGGUCACCUGCCAGCUCAGACUUCAUAACAAAUAGAAACCGACUCCAAGCUUCCCUAAGCCACUGUUAUUUUGGUCUCUGUUAAAGUUAACAGAAUAAAUAUCCUAACUAAUACAUCUGCCUAUGGGGCUGGGACCAAAAGCAUAAUAUUUGCAUAUUUGUCAUAAGCACACACCCCUCUUGUGAAGGGACAGGACCUGCUCUGGCCCUGUCACUUUCCCUUUGCUGCCCUGGCUCUGUCCUCUCCCUUCCUGCCUCCACCCCUCCCAUUAUGCCACCCUUCACACCCACACACCCACACAUACACCCCACAGAUGCUCAUGUGCACAUGCACACUUUCUACUCACACACCUCAAUCUCAAAGGAACUUGCUGCCUAUAGGACAGAGAUGCAGGAGAAAGAACUCCCAUUUCAGAAUGUGUACUGGGGAAAGGUGCUUGGUUAUCACAGCAGGAUUUGUGUGCACCCACCACCCCAGAGCCCAGGGGAGGGUGUGGGUGUGGGCAAGUGGCAACACAUGGGACUGAGGUGGCAGGGCUUUCGAAGCAACGUGCCAGCUGUGGUUAAAUUGUGUCACCCCAAGAGAUUCAUUCAAGUCCUAGUUCCUGGGACCUGUGGAUGUGACCUUAUUUGGAAAGAGGGUCUUUACAGGUGUGACCAAGUUAAACGGAAGUCAUUAGGGUGGGCCUAAUGCAAUAUAACUGAUGUCCUUAGAAGAAGAGGGGAAUUUGGGCACAGACACUUGGGGAGAACCCCAAAGGAUAAGACCAAGGGACAACAGAGGCACAGACUGGAGGAGUGCAGCUGCAAGCUGAGGGCUGAUGCCAGAAGCAGGGGGUGGGGGGCAAGGAGGGCCCCUCCCCUGUGGGUCUCUGAGGAAGCAUGGCCCUAGGCACCUUGAUUGUAGACUUGUGUCUUCCAGGACUGAAAGACGAUGAGUUUCUGUUACUCUAAGCCAUCUGGUUUGGGAUUAUUUGUUACAGCCGCUGCUGAAGUUCAUGCAGUGCCUGCCACACCACCCAAGACAGCGCUUUCCUCUCAGCCAUCUUCCUUACAGACAAGAGAGUCCCUUGGAAACUUCCCUCAGAGACAAGAUGCAAAAGGCAUUGAGGUGGAAGUGGGUGGUCCUGGGAGCUGCUCAUGACCGGAGAAGAAAGCCUCGGGAGCAUGACCUGAUCUACAAAACUCACAGAGAACGUGUGCCCCUGGUUUUGGCCUUCCUCUCGGCUGCCAUCGGUGGCACGAGCAUCCUGCGGUGUCCUUGGAUGGACAAAUCGACCCAAACUGACUGCAUUCCUUUCUCACCUGGCGGAUGGCAAUUCCUCUGUGUGGCUAUGGGACAGGGGCUUCUGGUGGGCCAUCCCUGGGCAGAGCUCUGGCAGAGGUUAGUAAUCGUCCUCAAGAUGAGUGGUCCUUUGGGUCAGAGACCUUUGAAAGUCUAAUGAAAGCGAUGAUUUCCAUGAGAAAUGCACAUGGACAUGGCAUUCUGUCCAGCAUCUCGGAAGGGUGGGGUCACGGGCUGCUGGAAGCCCAUUUAUGCCUGCUGGCAUCUCCUGGCCCCUGCGUGAGUUCCCAGCAGGCUAGGAACGCGGGUUCGGAGAGGGACCCAGAGCACACGUGAGUCAGUGUGAUUCACAGUGACACACUGAGUUUGAUAUUCCAGGCUCACAGGCUGGCUGUUCGUCACCAGGUCCCCUUCCCCUGCUGAGAUUCCUGUAACUUUGAAGGCAGAGGGAAAUCCCAGGAGCUUUAAUCCUCCCUGUCCUUGAAGCACCAGGCAUUCAGCUCACAUCACCACACCCCUCUAACCCCUUAUAAGCCACAGAUGUUCAAAUGCUUGUCACCAUAUUUUAGCAUUUGCUUUAACAUGCUGAGGGCUUGUUAUAUGCCAGGAACUGUGCUGGCCUCUUUAAAACUAGAAUUCCAAUUAAUAUUUUAUAUGCAAUAUUUUAUGUGUUCAUUGGAGAGGACAACAUGCCUUUUGAGGAAUUAAUAAGAUCUUUCUUAAAAAUUAA